AAGCGUCUACUGACCCAGGACUUUUGGUCGAGUGAAGGAAAACCACAGGCGCCUUCGCAAAUCGACCCUAAGACAAAAAAUAAAAUUUAUGAUCUUGCUGUGUUGAGGCCUCGCAGAUUAAAUUCCAAUGUAAUUGUAGGAGUAAUCCUAAUUAAGAAGAAGAUGAGCCGUGAUUCCAUUCUUAUUUUGAUAUUUCUAUUGAGUUCUUGUUGGGUUAUUUGUGAGUGCCGAUGGUCUAACUGCAACAAUGAAACAACUUAUUCUUAUGGCGACACGUAUUCCAGAAACCUGAACCAAGUUAUCAAUGAUCUGUAUCCCAACACAUCUGAUAUUCCAGAGUUUAGUACCUCUUCACAUGACGAUUAUCCCAACACUGUCUAUGGCCUCUUACAGUGUGUCGGGAAUAUAUCAGCAGAAAAGUGUUCCGAUUGUUGGAAGAAUGCAAAUAUAACCGUUAGUGAACACUGCGGCAAUGCCAAAGGUGGGCGAGUAUGGAUGGAUGACUGUUUCUUGCGUUAUGACAACGAUGAUUUCUUUUCGGAUCUAGAUAUCGCUGUGAUUUCCUUUCCCAAUGAAAGUCGUAUCACUAGCAAUUUAGAGGCUUACAAGGACACAGUAACUAGGCUUCUGAAGAGCGUGUCUGAGAAAGCCUACGAGCCUGCAAAUAAGGGCUUCGCUAUGGGAUCGGCUAACUACACCAGCACCGGAGAAGUCUACGGUCUAGUCCAGUGUUGGAGAACUAUGGAGAGCGAUGAUUGCAAGAAGUGCUUCUUGUAUGCGAGGCAACAAGCACAAAGUUGUUGCUCAAACCGAAAAGGAGCUCAAGUUCUGUCCACAAGCUGCAAGAUAAGAUAUGAGAUAUACCCCUUUUUCGGCUCUGCAGAGUCGAUGUUACCUUUGGAAUCAAACAAUCCAACAACUCCUUCACCUCCCACAUCUACCACAGAAUCACAUAGUUCUGGAAAGUCCUCAGUAACGUUGCCUAUAAUAUUGGGGCUCGUGGGGGCCCUGAUUCUGGUGUUCGUUAUUUGCCUGAUUGCAAUGAGAAAACGAAUGGCAUCUGCUAUUUCUGGGAGGCAAUUAACUUUAGUUACCCACAACGAAGAGAGGCGAAGAUAUUCCCCUGAAGCCAGAUUAAUUAUGCAGGAGAAACAUUUUGUGUUCAGUUUAGAAGAACUUGCAGAAUCCACAUAAAAUUUUGAUGAGAAUAAGAAGCUUGGAGUGGGAGGUUUUGGUGCCGUCUACAAGGGAACAACUAGAGACGGAAAGGAAAUAGCUGUGAAAAAACUGUCUGCAAGAUCUACGCAAGGCAAGAAAGAAUUUAUGAACGAAGUGAAGUUGCUGCCCAAUGUUCAGCACCGAAAUCUUGUGAAGCUAUUGGGAUGUUGUGCUGUUGUAGAGAUGUUUGCUUUACAGAAAAUAAGAUAUAUAAUAACAAAAGUGAAAAAUUGGG